CCAAAAGUUAAAAGCUUAAAAGUUUUCAAUUCAUGAUUUUGAAAAUAAGCGGCCGAAACGUUAUACGCUUCCUCCACACACACAACAACAGAUUCCAAACAAACGCAACUCAAUCGCUUCUAAACGCCAAUUUUCGCGUUACAUUUUAAUUUAACAUGGUGACAUUGAUCGUAGCCACCACCUCCGAUCCAGCGUCGAUCAAUCCUGCGGCGGCGCUUCUCGCCAUGCCCGGUUGGACCACCGGACCAACCUUGCCGCCGGGCAUUAAGAGUUUCACAAACAAGCAAACGAGAGUGAUUCAACACGAUGGGUCUAUAGUUAAAGAAGACGAUCUCGAUUUACGUUGGGAAGAAGCUACAGGUGAAGUUAUUGAUGAAGUCAUCUUCCUCAGCCGUCACACCGCCGUCUCGAAUCGUCCUGCUCUAACUGUUCAUCCGAUUGGAGUGCUUCAUCUAAAGGAUGGGGAAUCGCCUCCGCAAGGUGGAAAGCCGGGGUGGGCGGCGUUGCCAAACCCUAGAAUUGGUCCAUGGUUUCGUCUUUUGAAGAAAAUGGCUGAAGCUCAUGGUUUAGUUCCUGAGUUUGAGAUUACAUUGGAAGCCACUCAUCAUGGACCAAUAACUAACAAGCCAACGAUGUUUUUGGAGAUUGGAAGUACAGAGGAAUACUGGAAGAGACAAGAUGCCGCUCAAGUCAUGGCUCUUUUAAUGUGGGAAGGACUUGGGCUAGGAGGUGGGGAUGCCCUGGGGAACUGGAACAGUGAAACCGGAAAGAGGAAAGUUCUUUUAGGGAUUGGAGGUGGACAUUAUGCUCCUCGUCACAUGGAUAUAGUUUUGAAAGACGAUAUUUGGGUAGCCCAUUUGCUUUCUGGCUACUCAUUGCCGAUGGAAGAUCCAACUCAAACCAAUCCUAAAGAGAAUCAAAUUGGUGGAAAUUGGAGACAAUCAAUUAAGGCAGCAUAUGAAGCUACUAAAGCAGCAUUCCCUGGAGGCGAGAUCCUGGCUCAUCUUGACCAAAAGAGCUUCAAAGGAUGGCAAAAGAAGGCCAUUACAGAGUUCUUGGCAGAAGAGAGCAUCAAUGUCGGGAAGCCAAACGAUUUCACAUGAACUUUGAGACUCAAAAAACAUAUUUAAGAUCUGAUUCUUGGUUUGUUCACACAAUCUAUCAUUUGACUAAGUUGAGAUUGAUAUUCAUCUGUAAGCUCUAUUUUUUAAAUUCACUUCUUGUUUUAUGA